AUGGUGAACCUGAAGGACUACCUAAAUUACCAGCAGUUCCUUCUAAAUGGGGAAGCUUGGAGGGCGACGGCGCUGCUGGUGGCGUGGGCGGUGGUGUGUCCCGCGGCGGCCGAACUCAGGACCCGCUACGACGAGGACAGCGGCCGGCUGCUGGUGCUGUCCGACACAGGUGACGAAGAGUUUGAGAUUGGAUACUUUAUGGUGAGUGACAAGGAUGGUUCCUCAAUCUCAUGUGAGGAGAGUCGUUCCAACGAGGAGCACCUGAGGGCCAGCAAGUGUACGAUAACUGUCAAGGACGUCGACAGCGAGGGCCACUGUCUCAAUAUACAGGCGUCAACUGAUUCUUCCACGUCCGUUAUCUCUAGCUGUCUGUACCACCUGGACAGCCAUGUAUAUGGCGGGCACGAGACGAUUUACCCAAAGUGGCCGAUGGAGUCCAAGGAGUACGACCGCAUGCCGUACGUUACCGUGAAGACAGAUCAUAUCGGCAUAGCCGUGCGCUACUGGCUUUUCUCCGAUGGGAGACUGGUCCAUAUCCCGUCAUACGUACCACUCUUCAUAAGCCAAAACACUAACGACUCAGUGAAUUCGCUAUGUUUUAUCGCUGAGAACAAGGACCCGUACCCACCGGAACGAGCUGACAACGUCAUGGCGUGGGACGUGUGCUCUUUGGACGACGCCAGGAAGGCCCACGAGUACGCCGUCGGGAAGUACCUUGCCAAGCCGACGGCGAUCCCGGACGAGCGGAUGGCGACGCACCCCAUAUGGUCGACUUGGGUCCGCUACCAGAAAGACGUCGACGACGAGAAGGUGAGACAACUGGCCUCCGAGAUUGUCGCCAACGACUUCAACAACAGCCACAUCCAGGUGGACGACAACUGGGAGACCUGCUACGGCAGUCUCACAUUCGACACCAACAAGUUCCCGGACGUGAAGGCGCUGACGGACGACCUCCGCCAGCUGGGUUUCCGGUCGACGCUGUGGAUACACCCUUUUGUGAGCGAGGACUGCGAGCCCUACCACUCGGAGGCGCUGUCCAAAGGCUACUUCGCGACCAACACAGAGGGCAGCACCCGCACACAGUGGUGGCGUGGCUACGGCGGAGUCAUCGACUUCACCAACUCCAAAGCCGCCAGCUGGUGGAUCAAUCGCGUCUGGGCGCUUCGCAACGAGACGGGACUGGACUCCUUCAAGUUCGACGCCGGCGAGACCAGCUGGCUGCCGCAGCUGCCCGCCAUCACGCCCCUGGAGGUCAACCCGGUGCGCUUCACCGACGACUACGUGCAGACCGUCUCCCAGUUUGGGCCCAUGCUAGAGGUGCGCGCCAGCGUCGAGAGCCAGCACCUGCCCCACUUCUUCCGCAUGAUCGACAAAGACAGCAGCUGGAGCGCCCAGAACGGUCUGAAGACGCUGAUACCAACACUGCUGCAGAUGAACAUGGUCGGCCACCCUUUCGUUCUGCCAGACAUGGUGGGCGGCAAUGGCUACAAAGGUGCCGUCCUCGACAAGCAGCUGUUCAUUCGCUGGCUGCAGGUCAACGUCUUCAUGCCCGCCAUACAGCUCUCCUCCGUGCCUUGGGACUACGACAACGAGACGGUGGAGAUCUUCCGCAACAUGACAGCUUUGCACACGAUGCACGCACCUCGUAUUGUGGAAGCCAUGAAGCGGGCAGUGAAGGAAGGCACCCCUGUCAACCCUCCUAUCUGGUGGCUCGACCCUACAGACUCGACGGCCCUCACCAUCGAUUCAGAGUUCCUUCUGGGCGAGGACCUCCUGGCAGCGCCCAUCGUGCAGCACGACACAUACGAACGCGACGUCUACCUGCCCAGAGGCAGGUGGCGGGACGAGGUGGACCCCGAGCACCCUGUCAUACAGGGACCCACCUGGCUCAGCGACUACCCGGCGCCUCUCAACACGCUGCCCCACUUCACCAGGGUCACCUCCUCAUAGGUCUCACCGACUAAAAUGUUCAAUAUU